GCUUUCGUUUCCCGCUGGCCCGGCGCGAGCGGCUCGACGGAGGCGGCCGAGCGAGCGAGGAUGGCGGACCCGGCGGUGUGCAGCUACCUGACCAAGGUGCUGUGUUCGCGGGGCGGCUGCGUGCGCCUCUCCGAGCUGCCCGACGAGAUGGGGCUGUCCCUGAGCCAGCUGCGGCAGGUCUUGGAGGACGCCGGGCAGGCGCGCUUUCUGUCGGCCCGGAGAGGGAGCGACCUCUGCGUGCUGGCCGUCUCGCCCGUCCGCCUCUGCGUCCGCCAGGUCUGCAUGGGCUGCGAGCGGCUGCACCUCUGCAAGCUGAACCUCCGCGGGAGAUGCCGAGUCAA